AGCAUGAUGGAAUUUGGGGCAGUGCCUAAAAGCUUAUGUAAUAGGAAGAAAUUGAAGCAUAAUUUUGCUAGCCCUAGUGACUGUAUAGCUUUAAUAAUAUGAUUUUAACUUUUCUGUUUGUUAUUUUUUUGAAUGCUGCACUCUCUUGUGGUCAAGUUGUACCUGAAUGCCCUGACAAAGGAGAAACAGUCUGUCUUGGCCAUAGCACUAGUAGAGUAUCUAAAAGCAUUGGAAACACAGUAUCUGAUAUACUAUUAGAUGCACAUGAACAAUUUUGUGGCUGUCGAUACAUAAAAGAUAAUCUUGUCAUUUCAAUUGGUAACAGCCUCUCUGAUGCUGAUCAGCAUUUAGUGGAGGCUAAUUUCUCAUUCUUGUACUAUGUGAGGGAAAUUAGUGGUUACCUUGAACUUAGUGGUAUACCAUACAUUAAAAAGCUGUCCCUACCUAGCCUCAGGCUCAUAAGGGGUGAUACCUUACGAUUGUCUCGUUAUGGCCUAGCAGUGUCUGGAAGAAUUGAAAUGCUCUUUAUGCCAAACUUAACUGAAAUCAGUAAAGGUGAUGUGGUAUUGCUUGGUAACUCUGAUGGACCAUACCUGUGUAACGUUCUAUCAGUUAAUUGGACUGAUAUUGCUCCAUUUGGUCCUUCUGGUCAUAGAUUCGAGACAACAGGAUGUUCAGAUUCUAAUAUCAUAGAUUGUGAUGCAUUAAACUGUAACUCUGGCUAUUGCUGGUGCAAUGAUACCAGUUGCUGUCAACCAUUAACUUACAUUAAUUGUAACUGUAACAACAGUCAACGUUGCUAUAGAAGUGAUCAUACAACACAUUGUUGCAAUUCAGAGUGUGCUGCUGGGUGUAUUGGAGGAGAAAACGCUGAUCAGUGUAGGGCUUGUAAAAAUGUUUUGGAUGAUGGUGUAUGCCUUGAAGAAUGUCUCAUUCAAGAACCCCCCAAUGUUAAUAAUAAGUCUAAUUCUGACCUGAAGUUUGAAGCUAAACCGCUAUGUCUCAGCAGCUGCCCAGAUGUGCUCUUUGAGUUUGGUACAAUUUGUGUUGAAAGUUGUCCAGCAAAUUAUACAUCUGUACCCACAAGUCGUGGAACAAUGAAAUGCAUUCCUUGUGACAAAGUUUGUUUUCAAGAAUGUGUGGGCGGUAUUUUUGAUUAUAGUAAUCCUGGAGCAUAUGCUGGGUGCAUGAUAAUUACCACAUCAUUGAGAAUUGGGAGCAUACCUGUUGGUACAAAUAAUUCAAUUUUGAAUGUUCUUAAAGACAUUAUUGAGAUACGUGGCUCCUUAGAUAUUAGCAGUUUUAGUGACAAAACUUUUCCUUACCUAUCAAACCUGAAAGCUGUGGGAACUAACUCCGUUCAAGUAUUAUCAACUCAAUCUUGCCAGGGGUUGAGUGAAUACUUUAACCAUUCUAUUAUAGUAUCUGACACAAGUCUAGUCAGUAUUGAUCUUUCAUCAUUGGAGACAGUGAGUGGUGGUAUACGACUGCACAAUAAUCCCUCACUUCAUGAUAUUGGGAACUUGUGUUACUACUUAAUCAACGAUAAUGCAUCAUUGUCGUCAAGUUGUGUUUUGGAUAAUCAUAGAUUAAUCAUGAACGAAUGUGCCAUUACUUCUGUAGCUAAUGACAACUGCUCUAGCUGCAUUGAUUUGACUCGUACACCAGAAGCCAAUGGAAGCUCAGUUGUUGCAACCACCAUUCACCUCAUACAUGAUUCAGAAAUUUUUGAGGAUGAUUGCGUGACUUUAAAAAGAAUCGCAUGGCUUGAGACUCAUGAUGGCACUAAUCAAUUGACCUAUAGACCAUAUCACCAUGGAGGAAUAUGGAAUGUAAAUGAAACUAGCUUCAAUAAUAUAAGUCCUAUCCUUGCUCAUGGAAAUGGAAUAUGGAGAGUCUUUGGUAUUAACUGGAAAAAUGUUACAUGGACUGAUCUUAGAAAACCUCUCUAUUCAGCUCUAGCGGCAAGGCUACUCAUUCAUCAGAUUACUAACGGUGCAUCAUUAUGUCAAAUAUCUACUCAAGCUAACAUGUGGUCAAGUACAUACACCAGUAGCAGAAAAACUGUGGAUUACUACUUAAAAUUAAAUUCAGAGCUCAACGUCACCCAACAAAUCAAUAUUACUCAAAUUGGUCUUGGAACUAGUGAUUUGGUCAAUCUUUCAUCAAAUGAGUGGGCCUACUUUUCACUUAAUGUAUCUGAAAAUAUCUCUCUAAUUAUAGUAUCUCUUUUAGUGGAUGUUGGAAAAGCAUCACUCUAUGUUUCUAAUAUUGGUCUGCCUUCUGAUUCAUUCCACUGUGCUCAAAUAAAAGAGACAUCUGAAAAUGGAUAUGUGUAUUUAUCGUUAAAUCAAUUUAGUUCUUAUGGAUCUCAGGAUAUCUUAUUCAUUGGUGUAGUGGGACAUAAAAAUUAUAAUAUGACAACUGCUUCCCUGAGUCUUAACGAUGCUCAAAACUCAUAUAAUUUUGUUCAAAACUUGGGAAGUGAUUCAGAAUGGUUUGCCAUUGGAAUUUUUGGAAAUAAAGAGGAUGUAGAACCCCUUCCUUUUUCAAUCUUUGUCACCUCUGAUUCGAAUGAAACCUUUAAUAUUUCAGUUGAGUCUUAUAGUGGCCAGAUAAUGACUGCUAAAGUGAAACCUUUUGAAACAACAAAAUUUUCGUUAUCACAUUUGUAUACUGUGACAAACGUCAAUGAUACACUCAAUGGUCUCAUCAUUAAAGCAGAAGGUGGUCAUAGAAUAAGGGUUUCAGUCAGAUAUUUCUCUAGUGAUUCAUACUUAGCUCUUCCUUUGAUUAAGUAUGAUGGAGUUACAGAAUACACAUACAUUGCUGUUACACCAACAUUGGUUUCUCCUGGCACAAAAAGUAAAAUUCUCAUAGUGUGUGGCUUUAAUGACACAUCAGUCACUAUAAUACCUUCUGGAACUGCUUUAGUUUAUUCGCCACAUGAAGGCCUCAGAGAAAUUGAAUAUUUAACUAACAUAACCAUUUUAGCAAUGAAGUUCCAAACAAUACUAGUUGAAAGCGAUGAGCUGUUAAUUGGGACAAAAGUAGUUACAAGCAAACCAGUGACAUUUCUCUCUGGACAUCAAUGUGUUUCAAAAUCUGGUUCCAUGAAUGAGUCAUGUGAAUUCACAAUAGAGCAGAUACCACCAACAGUCAAUUGGGGGCAGAACUUUAUUUUUUCUUCUCUUCCUUCUUCUAAUGAUUCUCGUCUCUCUAUAACUGCUGCAGAGCCUGACACUAAAGCUACCAUAUCAUGUGAUGGAUUUAGUGCUGAUUGGGAACCAAUUACAAUCUCCAACCCAUCCGGUUAUAUUGAAAUAGUUGUAAAUGCUGAUGACAAUUUCUGCAGCAUUGUCGCAGAUAAGCCCUCCAUGGUUAUGGUGGUGAGUUCAUCUACUCACACUGAGAGGAGUAUGAUGUCACUAGUGCAUCCAAUAGAACAAUACUCUGAUGCUAAUUACACAUUUGCUGCACAUAGUACUUUGAUGGGAGAAGAUCAUCUUAAUCUUAUUCUUGAUGGGAAUGUACAUGAUGUCCUUCUUAAUGAUGAGCCAGUGAUUAUUCAGACUCAGUUUUUGAGUAUUCAAGGAAGAGAGACAUUUAGAUAUGGACUUCCAUUGGAAUUAGACAAUGUAACCUAUUCUGUGUCUAUAAAGAAUGGUGCAAGAGUUGGGACUAUGUUGUAUGGUUUUGAUCAAUUUCUUGGUUAUGGGCAACUCACUGCUACUAGCCUUUAUAUGGUACACAAAAGUAAUAAUCAUUUGUCAGUCAAUGUAACUAGUCAUAUUGUACAGUAUGUAGCUGGUGACAAUAUUGUUUUAAUGUGUUCUACUAGUGGUUUGCCUGUGUAUGCUAUACACUGGAUGAAGGAGGAUUCCAUUAUAUAUCCUUCAUGUAAACUUUCUAUCUCAAGUUGUGGUCCUAAUUCAAGUAUGCUUAAUGUAUACAAUAUUGAUCCUUCUGAUGCUGGUGUGUAUCAAUGCAUUGCUCAUAGCUACUAUAGUCAUUCAGUGGCUGCGAGUGCACAACUAAGUGUUAUUGAGCCUUCACAAGAUAAUUAUAAAGUACCUGUUGUUAUGCCAGCUAUACCUAAUCCUACUUGGACAGUAAAAAAUAGAAGUCAUUGUUUAAGUUUUAACAUUAGCAAUGCUGUACCAAAUGUUACCAGUAAUCACAUAUGGUGGCAUCACAAAUCAUUUGGCGGACAAGAAAAAUAUUUGGAUCCAAGUGACACUUCAAAGUACUCAUUUAGCAGUAAUAAUCAUCACAUCAUGGUGAAAGAACCUCAAAUACAUGAUAGUGGGAAUUAUACUAUGAUAGUGAGAAAUGAAGCUGGGAUUACCAAUAACACAAUAACUUUUAAUGUGUAUGUUGCUGCAACAAUAUUUGGCAUACCUCCUUUCAAUCUAAGAGGACAAGAUGGUGAAAGUGUUACUUAUGCAUGUAUUGCUGAUGGUGUUCCCAGACCAGAAAUAACAUGGACAAAAGAUGGAGUUAGCUUGGAAAAUUCAAAGCGAAUUUUUAUUAUGUCAGAAGAAAGACCCUGUUGUGAAGAGAGACUUGAGUUGAUGAGCACUCUCACUAUUAAUGAACUCAACUCAGAAAUAGAUAAUGGUACUUAUUCGUGUAGGGCCAAUAAUGCAGUUCAGCAAGAAGCAGUGUUGAUGAUUCCUUUUUCCCUUAAUGUCUUACCUCCAACACAAAUUGAUCGCUGCACCAAUAAUCCUUGUGGUCAGUUUGGAUCUUGCUCCAACAAAUUACACACUUAUUAUUGUACUUGUCAUGGUGGAUAUACCGGAGACAGAUGUCAGUAUACUGUUCUAGCUUUUGUUGAGCCACAGUUCACAGAGACUCCAAAGGACACAAUUGCUAAUCUUUAUUCUGCAGUUAAUUUAACUUGUCGAGCCACUGGCUCCCCUAAUCCAGUGAUAGUUUGGUAUAAAGAUGAUGAUAUCAUCAUUAAUAACAAUGAUGAUAUCUCAGUGUUAAAAAUUCCUGAACUAAGGCUGAGCAAUAGAGGAUUUUAUCACUGUGAAGCAAGAACAUGGCACAAUGAAAAGAUGAUUAUAAAGACUUCUGACAAAGCACUCGUAAGAAUUAAAGGUGUAGUUCAGUAUGAGACACUCAUAAAAGGUAUAGAGAGCUCUGAAAAUAUUUUACUUCUGAUACGAAGUUCUUUUAGCUCUCAGUAUUUUCCUGGAAAUACAAAGUUGCUUAAUGUAGACAUUAGUAAUGACUCAAGUUCAUUAGAAGCACAUUACAGGGUCAUUGUUACACUACUGACAGAUCAAAAGCCAAGUAAUAUUUUAGCAUUAUCACUUUAUGAUCAACUACAAAGCAGUCCUGAGAUAAGCAUCAUACAGAUUGAACGAUUUGAUGGCUGUAUGCCAGACACUACAAUCAUUCCUCCUCAUACAAAUGUGACAGACCUUAACGUUACCAUCACAUGGAAUGAAACAGAGCUAGGGUCAGAUGUACAAGUACAUUGUCCAUGUGGAAAUGGAAAUGCAUCCAUGGAGUUUAAUCUUACGGCAACUAGGACGUGCCAAGGAAAUUUUAAAGAUGGAGCAAUGUGGAAGGAGCCUAAUGUAUCAUCUUGCAACAUUAGUGAUUUUGCUCGCGAGAUUUGUAGACUAACAGAAUUUCCAUUAUCAGAAAGAGUUAUGGGGCUAGUUAAUUUGACAGAUGAAAACUCUCACAUUGCUGAUCGUACUGAUGUUACAAUAAUAACAGAAGUUUUACUAACAACAACUACAGUAGUCAGAGGAAACUUCAUAUUAACGGAAUCUUAUUUGAAUGUUGUGGAUUACAUUCUUGGGAUUAAUAUGGCUGUCUUACAACAAAGCCAAAUAUCCUUCAACACAUCAGCAAGGAUUCUAGCAUCUAUUGAACCUAUAAUAGCUGAAAUACCUCUUACUAAUCUUGAUGAACCAGUAUUUAUUGUUUUUGAAAAUUUUGCAACUUCUGUUAUUGAAAUUGAGACUGAACAAUUUGAUGGUCUUACUUCUACUUUUGAUGCAAACAACAGCAGAAUUGAAUACACAUUUGAGUUCAAAGCAUCAACAACAACACUGCAUAGCAUAUCACUUCCUAGUGAUCUCCUGAGCUCCAGCAUUAACCUAACUAAUUCCACAAGGGUUAUUAAUAAUUUAUUUUUAAAUGAAGGCCUCUUUUUAAGGAGAAAAAAUGACUCGUUGAAAGUCAAAAGCUUUAUAGUGUCUUCGACUUUUGUGAACACAUCAAUCAGAAACUUAGAAAAUCCACUAAAUGUCACAUUCCCUUCUAGUAAUAAGGAUGACUUGGAUGAAUCUAAAAUAAUCUGUGUGUUUUGGGAUCCUACAUUAGAUGAAGGGUAUGGUGAUUGGUCUAGUGAAGGAUGCAAUCUUACCAUUAUUAAUAGCAAGCUUGUCUGUAUAUGUGAUCACCUUACAAAUUUUGCUAUUUUACUAGAUGUUUCUAGUAGAACGAACAUUAGUGAGAAUGAAGGACAAUUUGAUGUAUUUCUUGAAGCAGUCUCUUACAUUGGAGUCAUUAUAUCAAUAAUCUGUAUUAUUUUAACACUUUUCACUUACAUAGCAGCAAAGAAUCUGAGACAAACAAUUUCUGGUCAGCUAAUAAUCAACUUAAGCUUUGCUCUUCUUGGGCUUUAUGUAUCAUUCAUUCUAGCAGUACACAGUCGUCAUGUUGAGAUUAUAUGUGCAGCCAGUGGUAUUAUCCUUCAAUAUUUUUUUCUUGUUACUUUCCUUGCUAUGGGUUGUGAGUCAGUUAUAUUGUACAGGGAACUUGUCAUCAUUGUAGGAGAGAGAAGAGAUGGUGUAGCAUUGAAGUCUGCUCUCAUUUGUUGGAUUUUACCGAUUUUUAUUGUACUUUUCUGCUUUGCUCCAAAUUACAAGAAUUACAUUCACAGUGCAUUCUGUCGAGCUUUUGGUAUUCCAUUUUACAUUGGAACAGUUGCCCCAUUUAUUUCUAUCUACGUAUUCAACUGUUUUAUAUUCACUAUCAUCAUGGUUUCAUUGCUACGUAGAGCCCAGUCCUCAUCAGCAGUUAAACUACCAACCCAUACUUUUGCAAAACAACAGCUUGGUGUUGCCAUUUCUCUCUCUAUUCUUUUUGGGAUAAGCUGGGGCUUUGGACUUUUUGCUUCUCAACAUGUCUACAGUAAAGACACAAAAUUUAUACGAGACAUCUUUGCUGCAGUAUUUGUUGUUUUGACAUCAUUUCAUGGAUUUGGUCUUUUUGUAAUGCAUUGUGUCCGCCCAAAAAAAGUUAGAAAAGAAAUUCUAACAAUGUUUAAAUCGAAGAAACUGAUCAUGUCUACAAAUAAUGAGCACAAAGAGAAUUUUUUCACUUUAAUCAGAAAUCAAAACUCUUCAACUCCUUACAAAAAGCAGAGGAAUAAAACUUCACCACUAAAAAAGAAUGAUUUUUUAAAAACGAAUGAAUAUGAUACAAAUUUUAACACUUUUGCUGCUGAGACUACUUUUAUGAAUUGUGAAGAUGAGGAAAAUAGUAAAAUGCAAGCUGGCAAAGGUGAAGUGCUUGAUUUGACUUCCGAACCUUGAAACUCAAUUGUCUAUUCAAUACGGUUUUGAUAUUGUCAAUAUAGUUUAUAAUUGUAGCUUAUAGUUGUAGUCUAAUUUUUAUUUUUUUAAACACAGA